UACAAUGUGCUUCUGUUCAGUGACAGUGCGGAUUGUUGUUUGUUGUCAUCAUCAAGAUGGAGUUUUUACUGGGGAACCCGUACAGCACUCCAGUGGGGCAAUGCAUAGAGAAGGCCACAGACGGCUCUCUACAGAGUGAGGAUUGGACCCUGAACAUGGAGAUCUGUGACAUCAUCAAUGAGACAGAGGAAGGACCAAAGGAUGCCAUCAGGGCGGUGAAGAAGAGGCUGAACGGGAACAGGAAUUACAGGGAGGUGAUGCUGGCGCUGACGGUGGUGGAGACGUGCGUGAAGAACUGCGGACACCGUUUCCACGUGCUAGUGGCUAACCGGGACUUCAUCGAUGGCGUCCUGGUGAAGAUCAUCUCUCCCAAAACCAACCCCCCCACCAUUGUGCAGGACAAAGUGCUGGCCCUGAUUCAGGCCUGGGCAGAUGCCUUCAGGAGCAGUCCUGACCUGACUGGCGUGGUCCACAUUUAUGAGGACCUCAAGAGGAAGGGCAUUGAGUUCCCCAUGGCCGACCUGGACGCCCUGUCUCCCAUACACACCCCGCAGAGGGGUGUUCCCGAGGUUGACCCCGCUACCAAUAAAUACAAAACGGCAUCGCCUCCCCCACCCCAAGGCCCCGCCCCCGUCUCUGCCCCCCCACAGCCCUCUGCCUACCCCCCGCCUCAGAUCCCACCCCUCCAGGUCUCCGGGGCCAUCACUGCCAACGCGGAACAGGUGGGUACCACUACUGCCAGCCCUCAACAGAUUGCCCGUUUGCGCAGCGAGCUGGACGUGGUGCGUGGGAACACUAAGGUGAUGUCAGAGAUGCUGACGGAGAUGGUCCCGGGACAGGAGGAACCGUCCGACCUGGAGCUGCUGCAGGAGCUGAACCGGACCUGCCGGGCGAUGCAGCAGCGCAUCGUGGAGCUGAUCUCCCGCGUUUCCAACGAGGAAGUGACCGAGGAGCUGCUGCACGUCAACGACGACCUGAACAACAUCUUCCUCCGAUACGAGAGGUAUGAGCGAUACCGCUCUGGGAGGGCAGCGCAGUGCGCCAAUAACGGGGUGCUGAGCGAGGCGACGGAGGAUAACCUGAUCGACCUGGGCCCCGGAUCACCCGCAGUGGUCAGCCCCAUGGUCAGCGCCACGCCCCCGUCUGCCCCUGCCCCUGCCCCUGCCCCUGCCCCUGCACCUGCCCCUGCCUCCGCCCCUGUCCCGUCGGCCACGCCCGCCUCCCUAUCCACACAGCUGGCUGGACUCGAUGUGGGUGGAGACAGCGUGACUGGCACCCUGAGCUCCCUGCCCAGCUGUCGGUUGCCCGACGACUUCGACAUGUUCGCUCAGACCAGGAACAGCUCCCUGGCCGACCAGCGAAAGAAUGUGAAGUAUGAGGACCCUCAGGCUCUGGGUGGCCUGGCUGCAGCACUGGACGUCAGACAGCAGAACACCGGAGGGUCAAGGGUAAAAGACGGUAACGCUGAGCUGGAGCCUAUAGACAGCUGGCUUAUUUCCCAAGGAAUGAUUCCUGUUGAGCAGUCCUCUGUCAUGGACGAUAUAGAGGAGUGGCUUUGUACCGAUGUGAAAGGCGAUGACACUGAAGAAGGAGUUACAAGUGAAGAGUUUGACAAGUUUUUGGAAGAGAGGGCCAAAGCAUCUGAGACAAGCUUACCGUCACCCCCUGGUGGAGACCCCGCCCCAUUGGGUGCCCCACCCGGGGCCCCGCCUGGCUCCACCCCCAACAGCGCUCGCAAGAAAGCCGAGAAGUCGGAGGACACCCUCUUUGCCUUGUAGAAUUUUCUGGAGGAAAAACCAUCACCCAUCACCCCUUCCCUCACACACUACCCCUCCCCACCACACCCCUCAAUACCCCCACACCCUUCCUGGAUUCAAACUACUCCUUCUGUCUCAGCGUACAGAAACUGUUCCCAACCCUGCAGAACAGCCCCUGCCCCGACCUGCAUCCCCCACUCCCCCACUCCCCCCCCCCUCCAUCCUGGCUUUUACCUCUGUGGGAGGGGGGUGCAGAUGCUCAUAAGGUCAGCUUUACACGCUAUACCCUGCUCUCCUGCAUUCUGGCAUCUCCUAGCCUAUCAGGGCGUGUCUAAAUAGCCCAUCAGGGGUGGGUCUAAACAGCCUAUUAGAGGUGUGUCUGAAGGGCCUAUCAGGGGAGUGUCUAAAGAGGCUAUCAGGGGCGUGUCUAAGGAGCCUAUCGGGUGUAUCUGAAGAGCCCAUCAGGGGCGUGCCUGAAGAGCCCAUCAGGGGCGGCUCUACAGAGUCCAUGAGGAGUAUGUUUAAAUCACCUGUCUGUGACAUGUCGAAAGAGCCCACCAGGAGCAUGUCCAGGGGGAUGGAGUCUUGUUGCUAAAGUUGGGUAACCCAGUGCUUUGUGAGAGGGCUUCUUCCGUCGCCUGUGCUCUUUGUUGCCGCCCUCAUUCGCUGCUGUGAGCUCUUCGGUCAAAGCUGCCGCGGUUAGCAGUCGCUGGUAAGGAACGAGGAAUGACGCAUUGGAUUAAUUUGACUGUAUGUAGUGUUGUUUUUGUUUUGGUUUUUUUUUUUUUUAACUGUAAUUAAAUUUUUUUUUUUUGAAUUACUGACCUAUUGUCUGCAUAAUUUUGUCCCUAUUUUACAUGUGUAUCCCAGUGUAGAUUUCCCUCUAACCCAUGUCUAUAUGUGAAUGACAUUUAUUUGAUAUACUGUGUAGCGAUUUCAACAAAAUAAUUGUACAGAGCUGUUGCAGAGCAUAUUUCAAGUUCAAGUUUAGUUUGGUGGUGCUCUGCAUUUUGGGGUCUCUGCAUUUCCAUAAAUUGACUUAUGUUUUAUGUUUAAAAAAAGUAUAACUGGGGCAUUCUUGGGGAAAAAAACGAGGGAUUAUGGGAGAAGGGUUCAGUGUAUCCUUUGGUUGAGUUUCCAGUUUGGCCCCAGUUUGGCUACGAUAAAUGGGGUCCAGGAACUGUGGUGGACCCCAUUUUGGGGGGGGUGGGGGAAUGUUAAAUGUCUGUUUCUUGUUUUGGCUUUUUUGUUCUUCAGGACAUCUCUGAGGUCACUUCCUGUGUUUCAGUGUGUCAAAAACAAAAGCAAAGCUAUUUUUCUGGUGUGCAGUGAACCUAAUGUACUGUUUUUUUUAACAAGGGUGGAGGACCUGAACAAAAUCUCGCUAUCCCAGAGAGCUGCAGUGUUUGUCAUACCAUAUGGCUGUCCAUAUACUCUAGAUCAGUGGUGCACAAACUAUGGGUUGGUAGAUAUCUAUUCGGUCGUGAAAUAAUUAUGAGUAACCCUGGAUUUACACUGAACACGGCAUUCCCAAAGCACUCUCGCCGAAAGUCAUUUAUUUUCGAGAGUGCGACCUACGUAAUUCCUCCUCUGCUACAUGAUAUCAAUUAACCAAUUAUGCUUAUAAUAAUUGCCCUUGAUGCUUGGCUAGCAGGUUCGGUCGGCCAGCCAAACUUAGCUCUCAGGGGAUAUCUGUUUGGUUGAGGUAUCGAUACGUAGGCUACAGCAGCAGUGCAGUUUGGCCUGUCUGGAAAAAGUGUUAGUAUUCAUUAAUGUUAUGCUGUGUUUGCACAAAUAAAUGCUAAAUAUAAAUAAUUCAACUAGUUAAAACACAUUUUUAUUGUUUGCAUUUGACAGUGUGUUACAUAUGAUCAUGUAAAUGGCCGCUUUAAUGUUGACUGGUGCGUCAUUCCUACUGCACUCUAUGAGAUAAUGAACUUGUUUAUUGCUCAUACAACGUAAGAUAGUUAACAGCUUUAGCUAAUCAUCGUGAUUCAGUCUUUGUGCUUUUGACAUUUUUAAAAAUCUGAAACAUUUUUGAAAUAUUGGCUGUAUUGAAAUAUUAGCUCAUUUCUUUAAAGAUUCCCACUGGGGAAUUCAUAAGUGGCUGAUACGUAACAUUAAAGAGACUCACUGACGAUGACUGUAGCGUUAAUGAAAAGAAAUGUUUUGUUUUAUCCUAUGGUUUUAUGUCUGGCAGCUUUCAGUACUCUACCCAUACUAUGCGUAAUUGAUAAAGCCUUAAAAUCUGUUCAUUUGACUGUGAUUAAUUCCCUGAUAAUUUCAGUAACUGUCCUUUAAUUUAGCUUUUAGGUAUUAAAAACAUGGCUAUUGUCAGUGGAUUGUUGUUAAUGAAAAUGACAUCAGUUUGGAUCAGUUUGGGUUGCGAAAAGCAUGGAUUGAUAUAUUUGGGUCAUCACUGAAGAAGUUUGUGCACCCCUGCUCUAGAUUCAAGGUGGAUUUAAUGAGAUUUCAUAGCCCUGACUUCCCUUGUUGGCAGUGCAUAAAAUAACUAAAACUAAACCUGUCAGGGCUCGGACUGUCAGAGGAAAUUGUUGCCAUGCCUACUGGUUGACCAGGCACACACAACUGGGUUUAUAUUAAUCAGUGAAUCAAAGUAGUGAUGGAAAAUAUUGUAAGCACAACCAAUCUGUGGUCUGUUCCUGUUAAACUUCCCCACCUUCAUCCUUGGAUGAAGGGCAGUUCCAUUUAAACUAUCCUGUCAGGAACGUGCUGUAGAUCACCCAGUUUCCAGAGCGCUAAUCACUAGUGUGGUUGUCGUAUGUUAUAAAAAAUCUGCUAGAACUGGGCUUCCCCCCAUUUCUUUUGACAUGCAUGGAUUGGACUUCUCUACUAUUUGUAUGCAGAAAUGUAUCAGGGGAACACUAUAUGACCUCGGAUCUAUGCGAAGAAGGAAGAAUUUUAAACCCAGAUUCUGGAGAGAGGUGAAAAACAGGAAACGAGAACAAUUGCACUGAAGUUAUUUAAUCAAAAUCCUUUUUGUAUAGCAAAGUUCCUAGAGAUUCUUUUCAUUUGACAAACUCAAACAUUUUGAUUGCUUUGGCAUAAUGUAAAAUAUGUAUUUAUUAUACAUAAUUAUAUGUAUAUACAUCAGAAUGUUUAUACAACUCAGAAAUUGACCAGCCGUUCAAAUUGAUGUGGUGCCAUGGGCUUAUAUUCGAAAGAAAACACCAUAGUUUUUCUGUUUGUGUGUUUCUGGUUCGGUCAGAUUAAUGAAAUCUUUAGCUUUGUUAAAAUAAGACAGCUGAAUGAACUGGUCAAAUAUUGGCCCAGAUUCUUUACAGCUUUAGAUAACUUUGUGGAAUAAGCUUGUGGAAGAAAUUUAAGCAAGCUUAAUGUUUUUUAAUUGCACAACUGUGGAGUGAGGUUUGAUAGUAUUUGAAAAUAAUAAGAAAAUUUGCAUCAUAAAAUAAUAAUCAAAAGGUUUAACAAAAACGUUUAAUCUGGAAGAGCUAAGAAUCAAGUUUAUUUUCUUAUUUUAAAGAAAGCAAGCAGAAACAGAUCCAGGGUUCCUUGUCCACCAUUUUUGGAGUAGAAAGACUGUUGAGGCCAGUCUCACGUUUCAGAAGUUGUGAAUCGUGUGCAGGGGGAAAAGCAGGGCGUACACACUGCAACACGCUCGUUGAAGUGUGCACCGGCUGGUGGGGCAGUACUGAUCAUGGAUGGUUUACACUAACACCUGGGCAACAGUCUCUCCCCCCUCCUCCUCUGCCUGCGUGUUCCAGUGACUGUGUUGAAGAGAAGCAGGCUUCCUCGGUGUCCCGACUGCAGUGACAACGUGGCUGCCUCUCCCAGCCUGCAGCUUGACAUUUCGCUAAGCUAGUAAGCUUGUGAGAGCUAAUUAACGUGCUAACAGUUUCCGAGAACACACGCAUCCAUGUGACUUUCUCUGUCGGCUUCCUUCAUUUACCUGUACAGUGUGCCGUACAUACGUUUCUGAGACUUAAAAAGGUUUACCAUUCAUAAUCAAGUUCCUAACUUUUUUUUAUUUAAAGGGGGUCUGUUAAAAUGAACAGGUUUCCUGCUUUCAGAUGAGACGGCAAACUCCAUAUCUAAUCGUUAUAGAAUGUUAGAGGACAUUGACGUGUUACAAGAUCCAAAUAUUUGUAAUCGUUGUUUUGAGCAUUGAUGUUCCUAAAUGUGUUUUUGGCUCUCAAAACAAGAAUAAAAUGUUUCAAAAUCUUUU